GCCUUCACUGAAUUUUCCGAUGGUAUCUUCUCAUGGAUGCUCACAAAUUUGGCUCCCGAGCUUUGCAAUUUUGGCCCCAAUCACACGUGGAUCGUUCGGUUUUGGAUGUUUCAUCAAUCGUUGCCUAGCAAGAGCCCAACCAGGCAAGAGCAAACGACUGGAUGAGGGCGGUAGCCUGUGGUGAUUCUUUUCCUCACAAAAAACAGGAUUGAGCGAGAAAAGACGAACUCGCAGGCAGCUGAUUCUAUUGAACACCAAGCGAACAUACAGGCAGCAAACAACCAUGACCGCCUUGCAAACACCAUAUCGAAACUCAGGAGACGACGCAGAGCCAGUUCCAAGCCACGUCCACUUUGCUCCUUGUGUCUCUAUCAUUCCCAUCCCAUCAAGGUGGCAAGAAGACGAUGCAGGUAUUGUUGGAACCCGCGGUGGUAGCAUUGGCUCAGACACGGACACCGAUAGCAGAGCCGAUCAGGCAUCAUCCUGCCCAAUGCAACUAUCAUGCUUGAGCCCAGUCCGAAGCACGAGACCUCAGCUGAGAAGGAGCGAUGCCUUGGAACCUGACUUUUUGGAGCGUCAAGCAACGGCAAAAGCUGGUGCAGCUAGAAGGAGGCGCAUGUUGAGGCGAAGCAAUGCGUUUGAAUCCUACUAAGAACUGCCUGAACUGGCUUUGGCGGCACAGCCUGGUUCAAAUCCUCCAAAACUCUUGUAUUUCGUUAAAGUGUAAUUCUAGUUUUAAAAGAAAAGGGUAUUGUACUACAGGCAAAAGAAUACUAGGUUGCA